GAGCGGCGCUUUGUUUGAUUCCAUCUGCUCCCAACAAAUUCUUGUCGAAGUAAUCAGUUCAAUUCAUCUCUGCGGCGAAAAAAUUGCUCGGAAACUAAGCUCCAAUAAUGGCGGCGAAGCACGACGAGCUGCCGGUCCCGAUCUUCUCCUCCCUCGAUCCUGUCUACGGUGGCGAUUCUCAACGGGAAGAAGCUCAGCUCCGGUUCGACAAGUUGAAGUCCAAGUUUCUCCAAGUCUUCGGCCAUCCCCCUGACCUCUACGCCCGCGCUCCAGGACGAGUGAAUUUGAUUGGCGAGCACAUCGACUAUGAAGGCUACUCGGUGCUGCCAAUGGCGAUUCGGCAGGACACGAUCGUAGCGAUUCGUAAGCGGUCUCCAUCGGAGGCGGAGAAGCUUCUUCGAAUUGAGAAUGUCAACGAGGAGAAGUAUGCAACGUGCAUUUAUCCUGCGGAUCCUAACCAGGAAAUUGACUUGAAACAUCACAGAUGGGGCCAUUAUUUCAUCUGUGGGUACAAAGGUUAUUAUGAAUACGCCAAAACUAAAGGGAUGGAUGUUGGAGUCCCAGUUGGGCUUGAUGUUAUGAUUGAUGGAACUGUUCCAACUGGGUCCGGACUUUCGAGCUCUGCUGCAUUUGUUUGUUCUGCUACUAUUGCAAUUAUGGCUGCUUUUGGUGUCAGCAUUCCAAAGAAAGAAGUUGCUCAGUUGACGUGUGAUUGUGAAAGGCAUAUAGGAACUCAAUCUGGAGGAAUGGAUCAGGCGAUCUCUGUAAUGGCUAAGUCUGGAUUUGCUGAACUUAUAGAUUUCAACCCUGUUCGAGCAACUGAUGUGCAUCUGCCUGAUGGUGGGACUUUUGUGAUUGCCCACUCUUUGGCAGAGUCUGAAAAGGCUGUCACUGCUGCAACUAACUACAACAACAGAGUAGUUGAAUGCCGCUUAGCUUCUAUCAUACUUGGGAUAAAGCUUGGAAUGAAACCUGAGGAGGCAAGAUCAAAAGUAAAUACCCUUUCUGAUGCAGAAGGGUUGUGUGUAUCUUUUGCUGGCAAACGUGGUUCUUCUGAUCCUGUUAUUGCCGUUAAGGAAUUCUUGAAAGAAGAACCUUAUACAGCUGAAGAAAUCGAAAAAAUAACUGGAGAGAAGCUUACAACUACAUUUAGCAGUUCUGCAUCCUCAUUGGAGGUGCUAAAGGCAGCCAAGAACUUCAAGUUGCAUCAGAGGGCAGCCCAUGUUUACUCUGAAGCCAAGCGGGUGCACACUUUCAAGGAUACUGUGGUGGCAAAUCUCAAGGAUGAGGACAAGCUAAAGACGCUAGGUGAGCUGAUGAACGACAGCCACCAAAGCUGCAGCAUUCUAUAUGAAUGCAGUUGCCCGGAGUUGGAAGAACUCGUAAAAGUCUGCCGUGAUCAUGGAGCCUUGGGGGCCAGGCUAACAGGAGCUGGAUGGGGCGGUUGUGCAGUUGCAUUGGUGAAGGAAGCAAUUGUUCCACAGUUCAUCCUUAACUUGAAGGAUAAGUUCUACCAGUCGAGAAUAGAGAAAGGGGUGAUCAACAAGAGCGAUCUAGGCCUCUAUGUGUUUGCUUCGAAGCCUUCCAGUGGUGCUGCUAUUUUGAAGCUCUAGACCCUGUUCAAUCAUCAUAUGAACCCCGUUUCCAUAGCCAUCUUGUAAGAAGUUAGUUUUUACCUUUGUUUAUGCACAAAAUUAAAACAUGAGUAUCAGUACAUUGUUAUUGUUAGUUUUUACCUUUGUUUAUGCACAAAAUUAAAACAUGAGUAUCAGUACAUUGUUAUUGUUGGAUGGUGGAAUAUAAAUAAAAAUUUCGGUCUUUCAGAACUGUGGUGGCGUUUAAUCAUCAUUUUCCUACCUAAAAGCCGUCAACCGGAUCACUCUCUCUAGGUUUAUAAUACCUGGUGUGAUCAUGUUUAAAGUUUAAACUUGAAAAGAUCCGAGUCUAGAAAUACAGUGUUAGUCCCUAAUCCUUAUUGUAUGGCGUGUUUAAGAUUAGUUUGUUUUGUUAUAUUUGUUAACGUAAAAAGUAUGAUUUGUAACGCUUCUCAUAAUUAAGUUUAGGAUGACAAAAAUAUCUGAGACCAUAGAUAUCCACCCGAAUAUGAACUAAUCGGUAAAGAUUAAACUCGAACUCGAACGAUUUUCAGUGAGUAUGGUUAAAAUUCGAAUCCUAAAAUUGUGGAUAAUAGGUGGACAAGGUUUUCUCACUAUCCAAUCCGAAUCAGCCCGAUUAUACACAUGCAUGAUGCAUAUGUAUUUUGUCUAGAUAUUAUCAUUAUUUUUCUCGACAUAAUAAAUUGGGAUGUACUAUUUGUAGCCUUAACUUUUUUUUAUUUAUUUGUAGCCCUAAAUUAAAAAAUUAUAUUAAUACCCACCAUAUAUAAAUGCACACAUUUCAAGACAAAAAAAUUGAAACACUUUCCUCAAACACAUACCUACUCUUUGUCGCCAGCGACCUCCACCACACACCGGCCUACCACCGCCUCCGCGCCUCCAGGAAACGAUGUCGAGAAGGUAAAAUGUGGCGGCAAAAAUUUAUUGGGACUAUAGCGACGAGGGUACACGUACGAUAGUCCGAGACCGAGUGACCAGGAUUAUGAUAGAGUCGUGAACAACGUUCACUUUCCGUAAAGAAUAUUUCCACCCUCUACAAAGCCUUGGGUUACAGGAAAUUUUUUCGUAGGAUAAAACUAUCACCACUUUAGGUUCCAGACUCAAGAACGCUAAAACAUACUAGGAAGAAGAGGAAUCCUUUCAUGGUGUGUUCUUUUUCACCACAACCGUUGCCCCCAUUUAUAGAGACAUAGCCGCUUCGUGAAAAUGUUUGGUGGCUAACUACCAAUUCCCAAACGAACUCAUCAUCGAAAUCUAACCACCAAUUUCAAUUUAUGAAGAGUUGUAUUCCAUCAUGAACCAAUGUAUCACUUGGAUCAAACAAAGCAUGUAAGGACAAUUAAAAAAUGCAUCACGUGGUGAAAUGGAAUGGGAAGUUUUCCAAUUCAAAAGGAAACGUUGGAUAAUAAUUAUAUUGGAAAGUAGGCUAAUUUAUUAAUUACCUGACCCAAUAAUUAACCAAUUUGAUCCAACCUCAAAUCGAUAUGACCCGAUUAGUUCGGUUCAACCAAAUUUUCAACAUUUCUCCCCAUUUUAGUGUAUUUAACAAAUCCACUAAAAUUACAAUAUUCUUCCAACAAAACUUAAGCAUCAAUGAAAAUGUCGUGACGAUUGAAUUUUCAUCUUAGUAUAUUACACUUGACAAAUAUUCGAAUACAAAGGGUGUCGGUAA